AUGCCACCGAAACCUAAAGUCUCCGUCGCCGACGACUCCGACGCUUUCACGCCAGAGCGGUUCGAGAAGGAGCUCAAGACAUUAGCAGCGAAGGCCAAGGGUGAGACCAAGGGCAAAUUCUUCAAGGAGCAGGCUUCCACAUACAUCAAGACCACCAUCCUUCUCACAUUGGCGGCUAUCUACAGCAAUGUCUCUCAGCUGGCGCUUUCUCCCGUCUACGGCUCGAUUCCGUCAUCGAUAUAUCAUGCGAAGCUCGUCAUGGUGGCGUGUUUCUUUGGCUGGUCGGGUAACGUACUUCUGAAUCGCACACUGCCAUUCAAGACAGCAAAACUGCUACCUGUCAUUGCUCUCAUGGUUCCGACAAUCCAGUUUCACCUGUACAAGACCAGCGCAACUCUCACGGCGCAUUGGGGCCCUCUGGCCACUGAGGCUGUCACUCUGUUUCCUCUGAUCUUGGUAUCCGUUAGUUGUGUGGCGACUGAACUGGAGAAGGCAAACCUGUCGAAGCUGCCCAAGUUUCUGGCCGACGCAGGUCCCGGCCUUGGAUCAUGGGGACUCUUCAAGUUCAUGGAGAAAUUGUCGGGAGACUAUUUGCAGGCGUAUAUCGGCAAAUCGUUUUUUCAGACCCGCAUUGGCCUGGAAGCGUUGCUUGCGGCCGCAUACUCCGUCUACGCUCCCUCAAAGCUUCUCUUGUUUGCUAUUCCGACUGUCCUACACACCGCUGUGCUCAACACCCAUGCCCUAACUCCCAUGGCAGCUGCGUCGCUCAACAGCACCUUACUGGCAGACGACUGGUUUCUCUUGGACCGUAAAGAAUCCAUUACCGGAUAUAUUUCAGUACUCGAGAGUAUCAAGGACGGCUAUCGGGUGUUGAGAUGUGAUCACUCGCUCCUAGGCGGUGAAUGGGUCAGACACAAAGGACGUAUCCUUGCCGAGCCCAUCUACGGCGUUUUCGUCAUGCUCGAGGCUGUCCGCCUCGUCAAGACCACGAAUCCCGUGCCUGAUAACGAGGCUAAGGCUCUCAACAUCGGCCUUGGUAUCGGUACAACCCCCGGUGCUCUGAUUGCCCAUGGCAUUGACACCACAAUUGUUGAGAUCGAUCCGAUUGUUCACGAGUUUGCUUCCAAGUACUUUGACCUGCCUUCCAACCACACUCCCGUCAUUGCGGAUGCUGUGAGCUACACUGCAAAGCUCGUCGACGACCCUAGUGCCAGAUACGACUACAUCGUCCACGACGUCUUCACUGGAGGCGCCGAGCCUGUCCCUUUGUUCACCCUCGAGUUCUUACAAGGCCUGAACUCCCUUUUGAAGCCUGACGGUGUUAUUGCAAUCAACUAUGCUGGAGACUUCCUGCAUCCGGCGCCCAAGCUUGUCGUCGACACCAUCAGGGAGGUUUUCCCGUCGUGCCGCAUUUUCCGGGAAUCGGAGCACCCUAGCAAGAAGAAAAUUCAGGAGGAAGGCCAGGACUUCACCAACAUGGUCAUCUUCUGCAAGAAGACUAGCGGCAAGCUGUUCUUCAGAAAGCCCACCGAGGAAGACUUUCUCGCCAGCCGCAGUCGUCAAGUCUUCCUGCAACCCCGCCACGAGGUCCUGCCCAAGCAUUUCCUGGAUGGCGACUUCGGUUUGCUGAGAAACAAUGCCACUGAACAACUGACCAAGUGGCAUGAAAAGAGCGCCCUGGGGCACUGGGAGGUCAUGCGUGUCGUGUUGCCCGCAUUUAUCUGGGAGAAUUGGUGA